CGUUCCCUUCCUAGUGCACUAUAUAUCCAUUUGUAAUUCAGCCACUGGUUACAAUCCUGCAGGCCACUGUUGUCAGUGCUGAAUGUUAUUUUAUAAGAUGUGAUGCGAAGUUAUUUUAUCUUAUAUAGAUAUAUAUAGCUAAAUCUAGAAAAUGUCAACAGCUGCGUCAUUUAAACCGGAAGCAGUGCCUGGAGGUCGCUAUGGGAAAUAAAGUGAGCACUGGCAAGAUGGCUGCCGCCAGUAGGGUCGUGCAGGUUGUGCGACCGCAUGCACCACUUAUCAAAUUUCCAAAUCGUCACGACUUGCCCAAGCCUAACGUGCAUGAAGCACUCAAGCUGAUCAUCACCAACACCCCACACACACCUGCACCAGCAGCAGUACCGUCAGCUACAUCACCUCCAAAACCUGCAGGACAAGUGAGUCGACUCGCUGGCACACCGGACAACAUCUCUGUAGUGAAAGUGUUUCCACAGAGAUACCGGCGACGAGUCCUCACACUCGAGGAGAUGGACUACAUUCAGCGCGGCGGACCUGAGUGAAGGAUCAGCAUUAAAUCCUGCCAGUGCCCAUAGCUGUGGAGAAUUUUAAUUGAGGCGCGUAUACUACUCAUCAGGAGAUUUUCACUCUUCAUUGUUUAAAUGUAUAUAAGAAAGGAAAAAAAAGAAAUCUAAUUAUUCAAUACAAUCUGGUUCAUUUCUCAUUGGUUCAGCUGCACUGUCAUGUUUGCAGCAUGGACUUUGAGAGCGAGUCAGUACUUUCUAGGUGCACUGUAUGAAUCCAACAGCACAGUUUGUUAUUAUUAUUAUUACAUUAUUGUAUGUCGAUCAUUUUAUUACAAUAAAUCCAAGCUACUCAGUUGA